AUGUUAAGGGCUUUGUGGACGCAUUUAAGGACGCAUUGGUGGCGGGUAUUAAUAAGGCAGAGACAGACGCCUGCUAUAGACGCCAUGGUUGGUAAGCUGGGUCAGAUGUUUAAGAAUAAGCUUGGUCAGGACUUCAAAGGGAAGCAGUACGUCGAGGCCCUCAAGUUCCUACUCACCGAAUUUGCGACGAAGGUUGGAAACGAGCUAAAUGGAUUGCCGGACAAAAUUGCUGCAGACUUGGAUCAAGGCCACAAAAAAUUCAUGACGUUCCAUGACACUUUCCUUAACAAGCUCAUUAAAGAUAUUCCUCACAUAUCGCCCCGGGAGAAAACUCCACUCAGCAAGGCGGUACUUAAAGUAAGAAAGGGCUUUGAAAACUUUUUUGAGAGUUUUCAAGAGCAAGAGGAGACUACAAAUUACAAAGCCCAAGUCCAACAUGUCUACGCCAAUAUAAAUAUCUUUAUGAAACAGCUUGCAGGUUCCCAACAUUUCGAUACUCUAUUCAGCUCUAAUGUCCAAGGCUUGCAGAACGUUCUUACUCACUUCAGCGCAGAAACGUUCAACGACGCCUCAAAGCCUCUGUUGUUACCGGUCAAACAUGGAUUACAAGAUUUUGCCAAGGUGUUAUCCAAGGCGUACCUAAACGUGUACGAGGGCUGCGAUCCUAUAAGUGAUUGGGUCGACGAGAAAAACAAAUUAACGCCUGAAGGAGAGAAGGGCGCUAAAAUAUUUUUGACAUUAUUAAGCAUCGUCUGCUCACCCCUAAUCAUGGAGAGAAUAUACAAUCCAGAGAAUGCUCGUAUUAGCUUGCGUAGACACUUUUUCAUUAGGAACGGUUACGAUGUCGGCCAUACCAGCAAGGUGGACGGCGAACUGAAUCACAAGGCAGGCUUCACGGGUCAGAACAUUUUCCAGAAUCUUAAUGAAGCCAUAAACGGUGCAAGAUUCAACGAUCAUCUCACAAUAUGUGAGCCAAAUACUAAAGUAGAUAACUUUAACGUCAUGGACCUCCUUGACUGUCUUACCACUCACUUAAAUGAAUAUAUUGAGACUUGUCACAUUAAUCACAUUGCUACACCAAAAACACCUAGCAACAUAUACCAAAUGCUCUUGGGUCAAUGGCCUUGGUAUAAUCCAGUACGUGACCCACUUUGUGAAUACCUUAAGACAUUGUUCGACAAACCUGAGGGGAAGAAGGAGAUGGAAUAUUACGAUUUUGCUCCUGACGACCUGACGAUGUCUGCUCAUCCAAGAAAUUCUCAGCUGCGGACGUUCAUUGGGCCCGCAUUGCUUGCGAACAAUUGUGCUCACUUCAAUCCUCGGCUUCGGCCACGCAAGUGGCAUAUACGCAGUUGA